AUGAAAGAAAUUAUUGGAGACUCGUGGAGAAAGUACUUGACCCUUGUAAUCAUAUCACUUCCCUUCGGCUGCUGAGAUACAUCAACCGAGACUCCCAACAAACUUUUUUCGUACUCGUAAAAAAAUGUGCCACUAUCUCCAGUGAACUUGAUAGUAAUUUUUUUAAACUUUCUCUUACCGGUUAUGUCUAAAGCCCGAUCCACGUGUUGUUCAGUCCAGUGAAGGUGUGAUACAAAGUGACAACACGUUGAUGCCUCCAAACAAAUCCCGAAAAACUGUUCGUUUAUCAAUAACUCUCAUCUCCUCAAGAUAAUGUAAACCCCCAAAAAUGGGUAAAAAAGGCUACAAUUGGCGGGCGCGAAGUGCUCCAGAAGUCGACAUCGAGACAAAAACUACGAAGCAAAUUCCCAUCGACAUCGACCACGGGAAGGAAACCUACGAUGAGUGCAAUACUCUAGUGCUCCCCAGCCAAAAACGUAAGACUGUAAAAAAACGAGAUAAAAAAUCCCAGUCGGUGAAGCUCCUCUCGAAGAAGCAUCGCAAGCACCUGGAGAAGAUCGUAGAGCGAAAGGAGAAGAAAAUUCAUAGAGCAUCUCUGCUGGAAGAUCUAGCCAAGGUACAGGCGACCCCGGAGGAGCUGAAACAAUACGUCUCCAUCACAUCUGUCCAGACAAAGGGGUUGAAGCGUCAACGAGAGGAGGACGAAUCUUCCCAGAAGCCGAGGCAUCAGGAGCCCACCACCAACGAUGAAGAAGCAGAGGAGACGAUCAAUGCAAUCAGAGGGAGCAAGAAGCAGAGGUUAGCAGCUCUGAGUGAAAAAUCAUCGUCAGUGAGUGCUUCAGACCCUAAUGUGAUAGGUUAUGACGAAUCAUCGAGUGAAGAUGAACUGUCAAGUGAGGAAAAUGGUGAAGAGGACCAUAAAGAGACGUCUCCAGUACCUGAGAUUGUGGAAACCCCCAGGGAAUCGUCUUCAAGGGGUUCAAAAGACACUCCACCAAAGAAACCCCAGCCAAAGCCCCUGGAAAAGUCAGUGAAACUUGCUGAGAAAGAUCGUAAGCCAGCAGUGUUCGUCAGUCUGAACCGAACCCCCGAGAUCCAGAAAUCCAGAUUGAAGCUGCCAGUUCUAGCUGAAGAGCAGAUGAUAGUCGAGGCUAUAAACGACAAUCCAGUGGUGAUAAUCACAGGUGAGACUGGCAGUGGGAAGACAACCCAAGUGCCCCAGUUUCUGUACGAGGCUGGCUACGCCAGAAACAAAAUUAUUGGUGUCACUGAGCCCAGAAGGGUUGCUGCCAUCUCCAUGUCCAAGCGAGUUGCUGAGGAGAUGAAUCUGCCGAGCUCGGAGGUUUCGUACCUCAUUCGUUUCGAGGGAAAUACCACUGAUGCUACGAAGAUCAAGUUCAUGACUGAUGGAGUACUCCUGAAGGAAGUGCAGUCAGACUUCUUGUUGAGUAAGUACUCAGUGAUUAUUCUUGAUGAGGCUCACGAGAGGAGUGUCUACACGGACAUCCUGAUAGGUUUGCUCUCAAGGAUUGUCCCCAUGAGGGCCAAGCGAAAUGAUCCACUUAAGCUGAUUGUCAUGUCCGCUACUCUGAGAGUGGAGGACUUCUUGGAGAACUCGAGGCUGUUCAAAGUGAAGCCACCGCUGGUCAAAGUCGACUCCAGACAGUUUCCUGUUACGAUUCAUUUUAAUAGAAGAACUAGUCAUAAUUAUGUGGUGGAUUCCAUCAAGAAGGCUGUGAAGAUUCAUACGAAACUGCCGGAGGGGGGCAUUCUGAUUUUUCUUACCGGACAGCAUGAGGUUAAUACUGUUGUUAGGAAGCUGAGGAAAACCUUUCCGUAUAGGAAGAAGACUUGGGAGAAGUGUGAAAAUAAACUAUCUAGGAAUGAAGCGGAAGGGAAGACGAAACCUAAAAAGUCGUGCAAGCCUUCGGAGGAUAACGAAGGCGAGGAAGAAAAUCAGGAUUCAGAUGAGGCACCAGACUCCGACGAAGACUUCCACCCUAAAUCUGCCUUGAACCGUCUCAAACACAAGUUAAAAUCCCUCCCAAACGACCUGCCCACCAUAAACCUGGACAACUACUCGUCCAUCCCCACGGACGACACCCAGGAGGAUCUCUUCUCCGAAGAGGACGAUGACCCUGACGUUCAGCUGGACGAGGACGAAGAAGACGACGAUUUUGUUCUAGACCUGCACGAUGUCAGUACCUCGCAGCCCCUCUGGGUUCUGCCUCUGUACUCCCUCCUGCCGGCUCAUAAGCAGGCCAGAGUCUUCCAGAAAGUUCCCGAGGGCUGCAGACUGUGCGUUGUAUCGACUAAUGUUGCUGAGACCUCGCUGACCAUUCCCAAUAUUAAAUACGUGGUGGACAGCGGUCGCUGCAAGACUAGAAUGUAUGACAAAGUCACUGGUGUCAGCACAUUUAAGGUAACUUACACCAGCCAAGCUGGAGCCAAUCAGAGAGCUGGCAGGGCUGGAAGGAUGGGCCCUGGCCACUGCUAUCGACUCUACUCUUCAGCAGUUUUUAAUGAUCAGUUCGAGAAAUUUUCGGUGCCGGAGAUCCAAAGGAAACCCGUCGAUGAUCUCUUGCUCCAGAUGAAGGUUAUGAACAUUGUGAAGGUGGUAAAUUUCCCGUUUCCGUCUCCUCCUGACGCGACUCAGCUGAUAACAGCAGAGAAACGACUGAGGAUUCUGGGGGCUCUAGAGGAUCAUCCGACGAAUGUCAAAGAUUAUUCAGCUAAAGUUACGAAACUUGGAAAGAGCAUCUCUGCAUUCCCGGUGGCUCCGCGCUUUGGGAAAAUGCUGGCUAUUUCCCAACAAGAGAAUCUCCUCAAGUUCACCAUUUGCAUGGUGUCAGCCCUAUCCGUGCAGGAGCUUCUGAUUGAGGGCAGAGUAGGAAAGACGUCAGAAGACUCCACGGAGAAGACCCAGGGUAAGAGCUGGCUGCAGAUGCGAAGAUUCUGGGCCGGUCGUGGUAACAGUCUCCUCCUGGGUGACCCCAUGGUCCUACUGCGAGCAGUGGGUGCAGCCGAGUACUCGGAGGCCAAUGGAAAGCUUCAAAAAUUCUGCGAAGAUAAUGGGCUGCGCCCGAAGGCCAUUGCAGAAGUGAAAAAACUUCGGCAUCAAUUGACAAACGAAAUCUCCUUGAAUAUCCCCUCGUUGCGAGUGGUCCUAGACCCGCACAUGUCACCCCCAACUGACACCGAGGCGAAGCAGUUGAGGCAGAUUGUUCUCGCGGGGAUGGCAGACCAAGUCGCGAGGAAGAUGUCUCCAGAUGAGAUUAAGGAAGGGGAAGACAAGUCCAAAUUUAGAUUCGCCUACAAGACGAUGGAAAUGGAGGAGCCGGUGUUCAUGCACUCGAGCUGCGUCCUGAGGAAGACAGCCCCUGAGUGGGUAGUGUACCAGGAGAUCUACGAGACGAAUAAGAUCUACAUGAGGGGAGUGACUGCCAUCGAACCGGAGUGGCUCCCCAAGUUCGCUUCUGGAUUGUGCAGGAUGGGAGAGCCGCUGGUGGAGCCUGCCCCCAGGUGGGACGAUGAGACUGGCAAAGUCAUGUGUCAUCUGACAGGGAGCUUUGGAAGGGCCGGGUGGGAAUUGCCUGCUAUGGAGGUGGAGUUUCCAGCUGGCGUGGAGGGCGUCAGGUGGUUUGCUAGGUUUCUGCUCGAGGGGCACGUCUGUGGGAAACUCAAGAGGUUCGUCAAGGUACUCCUGGCGAAUCCCAACAGUGUUAAUAAAUCCUGGGCGAAGCUGCUGCCGAGGACUGAGGCGAUCACCAAGACCUUGUUGGGGAGGGGGGUCAUGAGCAGAGAGAAGCUCCUGGAGGUCUGGCGAGAGGACAGGGGAUUUUUGUUGGAGAGCUACAAGAAGUGGGUGCCUGAGGCUACUCAUGCGGAGGUCACCGCCAUGUGGCCGCCUGUGUGAUUGGCCUCUGGGUCUGAAUAGCGGAGACGGUUAUUGGGGGGUUUAAAAUACUUUAUUGAGGAUCAAGGGAAUGAUAUGGGAAAUUCUCUCGAAAGCAACUAAUAAAUUCUAUUUUUUAUUAUUUGAUUGACAUAAAUCAAAUGUACAAUUGCUUUAUCAUAUUGUAUUUAUCAACGAAUUGAAAAAUUCAUUUUAGAGAAAUGUGUGCGGUACUGAAGACUAGACUUAAACGUUACUUAAUGGAUCGCAAUUCAACAUUUUGUUUUUAACUUUGAGCGAAUGAUUCAUUAGCUGAAUUAAUGACGAAUCUGUUAGUGUGAAAGUGUUGAAAAUUAUGUCACCAUUCACAUUGUGAAUAUAAAUAAAUGCCUAUAAUGUA